AUGCAUCAGAUGAAAAGUAAAAGGUGGCUUUUACUUACGUUACGCUAUAUAGCGCCGAUAUACCUUUUUAAUCAAAUGUUUAAAAAGAAUACUUCGAUGGAUACUUUCAUAUCUUCGGUAACUAAGUGUAUAUCGGAUGCUUGUCAAAAUGCUGUCAGUAUCGAUUUCGAAAAGCUCAUUGACGAAUUUGAAACAAAAAGUGCUUCCUUAGCUAGGCCCCUUUUCAGCAGCGAUAAUGCAGAUUUCACAACUGAGAAAGCACACAGUUAUUGUAUCAACCCUGAUGUCAUUCAGUCGCAGUCUAAUACUCAAGAUUUUUCAUCAGCUUACCCAAAAGUAAUGAAAUUUAUUUAUCCUUCAGAAGAUGAGAUCAAGGCAGAACAACUUGAUGUCAUGCAUUUAUUGACUUAUAAGUCUGUAAAUGAGACUAGGAACGUUGUUAGUCCAGACUUUGAUGACAGUUUUACGAGUCUGGACUUAACUCAGAUUAUGAAUACUUCUGAAGUGAAUUAUAGGAACCUCUCAAGUUAUAUCCCUAACCAAACAUUUCCAGAUUCGCCAGAAAAAUUAAAAGUUUGCAACAAAACCGCAGUUUCAUCUGAAUGUAGAUAUUUUCCAAACGAAUUACAGAUGCCAGUUUGUGUGAUAUCUUCUAAAGAAAAGUUAAUCCAAGCAGUUACCCAGGACGACUUAACCAACCUACAACCAAUACUAAAUGACGCCAACAAUGUUCCCUGCCUAAGUGACCACGCUAAAAAUCCUGUCUACGAGGAUAUUUCUUUGAAAUCGGGAGUUAUUCCUAACCUUCUUUUAAAACCGAGCAGUGAGUUUGAAACUAUUGAAGCACCUACAUCAGAAGCUCAAACGUUUGUUCACCAUAUCAGCCUAUACAAGAGCUGCAUGCCGCACGAAUCUAAUACCAAUCCAAAUUUCACUGGAUUUAAGACCGGGAAGGGUGAUUCUGUCAUGUUGACGAGUGCAUCAUCGAAGAAAUUCGCCCAGACACUAGUUGAUGCAUUGGAUGUUGUCGAAGAGAGUGUUGUUGUGGAGAGUAAUUCUGAGACUCGUGAUUAUUGUUCCACUGGAUUUAAGACCGGGAAGGGUGAUUCUGUCAUGUUGACGAGUGCAUCAUCGAAGAAAUUCGCCCAGACACUAGUUGACGCAUUGGAUGUUGUCGAAGAGAGUGUUGUUGUGGAGAGUAAUUCUGAGACUCGUGAUUAUUGUUCCACUGGAUUUAAGACCGGGAAGGGUGAUUCUGUCAUGUUGACGAGUGCAUCAUCGAAGAAAUUCGCCCAGACACUAGUUGAUGCAUUGGAUGUUGUCGAAGAGAGUGUUGUUGUGGAGAGUAAUUCUGAGACUCGUGAUUAUUGUUCCACUGGAUUUAAGACCGGGAAGGGUGAUUCUGUCAUGUUGACGAGUGCAUCGUCAAAACAGUUCGCUCAAACACUUGCUGAUUCAGUGAGCGUACACAUAGACAAUAUUUAUCUAGAGAGGAAUUCUCAGUUUUUGAAUGUAUCUGAAAUAAAUGACGCUUUGGAUUGUAAUCGAAAAAGAGUUAUUACAGUCCCAUGCGUUUCCUCUGAAUCGUUAUCUUGUGAAGUUGACCCAUUGGUUGGUUGCUGUUUUGACACACAAUUUGAUUUUUCACUUGAAGUGUCUAAAGAAACAUCACAAACAGUGGAAACGGAUUUAGAAUUGGAGCUGGAACGUGAAAAGGCACGUAUUAAUCAACAGGACCUCAUAGCGAAUAAAAAAUCACUUAUUUCGUCCAAUCAAUAUGCCAUUUCUGACCAUACUACUACUGCCACCACUACCUCUUGGAAGUUUCAGUCUUGUGGACUGUUAUGGAGUAUACGUAGGCGGUGUAACGGUAACGAUGUUUUGAAUGCUUCAGAAAAACAGUCAUCUGUGAACUGGAAGGUGUUGCUUUCAAAUCAAAAGCCACUUACUACUACACUCCACUUACCGAAAUAUAUAAAGUUUCCAGAAGAGAUAAGUAAAUGGUCGUUGCAAACAUCAGAUAAACUCUACUGGCUUUGGGAUAUGAAGUGUAUCAUGGAUGCAGAUGAUAAAAGUUUUCUUCCUGUAUAUUAUAAUUACCGUGACUUUACUGUGAUUCCUGACAAGUUUGGAUGUGUUGGUAAACAAGAAAUUGUAAACGCAUUCUUGAGUUGUCCUCAAAUUCAUUCAAACCUAGUAUCUUUUGGAUGGAUUGAUAACCAUUAUUCCCAGAUAAUGUGGAAAAUUGGCACUAUUGCUUUGUUGUAUAGUGAUUUGAGCACAACAUUACUCAGUGAUUAUUGUAUACCUAGUCACGUGUUAAAUGAGUUACACUAUCGUUACGAUCGUGAAAUUGAAGGUUGUCAAAGGUCAGCACUUCGAAAAAUAGUUGAACAGGAUGAUACAGCAGCACGACGUUUAAUCUUGUGUGUCAGUUACUUGGAAGUUUCUGAGAAAUGUGUAAAGGCUUGUUUAACAGAUGGUUGGUAUCAGAUAUCCUGGAAUCCAGACCCUAUGCUAAUCACUCUAAUCAAAGCUGGGAAAAUUCGCGUUGGUUCUAAGCUUGUAACUGCAGGUGCUGAAUUAAUUACAACAGAUCCUUUAUGUACUGAAAAUCGAUCGAAAAGGAAUUGUUCUACUAGUAACACUUCACGGGAUGAGUUCAGGCAUUUGUAUGGAGAUGAUAGUACAGCUAUCGGAGUAUCAUUAAAAUUGCAUGGGAAUUCCACACGACCUGCCUCUUGGCACUCACGCUUAGGAUUCUCUGUAAAACAACCUAGUUCAGGUUCUGGUCUGUAUCCUGUACCGCUGUGUACUAUCAGUUCAGAUGGAGGACUAUGCAGUUCGAUUCGUGUUGUAAUCCAACGUCGAUAUUCUUUGCAAUAUAUGGAGACAUUGGAGGUUCCCGAGCAAAAUACAGAUACGUCAGCCACUUUGGUACGGACAAAUUCUGGUACAGAUGAAUCAUUUUUAAAGUCUCGUCUGAAUCGUCGUCGAAUUUUCCGUAGUGAACGGGCGGAGGAGGCAGAAGUUAGAUUACAUGAAACUAUGAAAAGUCGGAUUAUUGAUAGUGCUUUGGAUAAGCUUGUAUUCAAUGAUCCAAAUAAGCGUCGAAUUCAACCUACACCCGAACAACUCAACGCUUUGGGCAACGAUGGUGAAGCAUUACUACAUAUGAUUUUAAAUGCUCCAGACUCAGCAGAAGCUGAAUCAAAUCUCACUUCUAUGCAACAUGAUGCUAUACAACUUUAUAAAGAGUCUGUUAUUCGUGAUGCAGUUACUGAAAAUGUCCCGCCUAGGCAGGUUACACCCCUUCUGCGUUUAAGAGUAUCAGGGAUUCAUCCUAAAGAUAUUGCCGGUAAUUAUGGCGCUUGUAUAACUCUUUGGAGUCCGACAGAUGAAAUGAUAUCAAUUUUAAAAGAAGGCGAAGUUGUUGAAUUUUAUCGUUUACAAGCAUCAGUAACUCGUGUGAAUGACCCAUUUGCAUCACCUCCACCGCUUUCUGGAUUUGUCAAGCCUAUCGGUGUCAAUAUUCCAUCUGGCUAUGUAUUAAGUUUGUCUGGUGGACGUACAACACGUGUCUUCUCACUAGGUCAUAUUUCAAAACUAGGAGAAAGCAUUCCUAUUGAUAAGUUUGCUUGUAUAUAUCGUCCAAGAGUUACAUUAACUGUUACUGAUGUCUAUCGAAUUGCUAAUGAACAAGAAGUAUCAGUUAUGAACUCAAAUAAUAAAGGAAAUAUAGAAGUUGAUAUGCGUUGUUUGAUUAUAGCAGUUUAUCUUACUUCGACCAACUUGACCAAAUCUUGGAAAGACCAAUCAAUUAAUAAAUCAAUAGAUAAUUCCCGAUUAUUUGAUACUCCUUUCAAGUAUCCUUCCUCCGAUGUCGAUUGUGUAUAUGUAACUGAUGUAGAUUGUAAAUCCGAAACAUGUUUAUUAUGUGUUAUCAAAUUUUGGGAUGGCUUACAAUCUCUUCAUCUGACGGAUAUACUUCAAGUUGGUCGCGUAUUAUGUUUUACUGAUCUACAACUACGUCGAUGUCAAACGAUUCAUACAGUUUCUAGAUUAGACCAACCUUCACGUGCUAUCCCUCUUGUCAAUUUAAAUUAUACGUCUGCAAGCAAUGUUGCAACUGAAAAAUCGAGUAUUCGACAUUCUAGUCGGAUGACGUCAACUAAUGAAUCUAAUCCUGAUGCUGUGUCUUAUCUACAACAAGUUGUUAAGGACUUUUUAUGCUCAAAAUUGGGGCGUAACUUUGACCUACAAACCUCUGAUUCCCCUGUGAACUAUGCGAAAUCUAUACCACCUUUUCCAUCGAAUAUACCGAAUUCGACGAGUUUUGGUCUUUCUACUUUGUUACGAAGUUCUGCAAGUCAUACACAUUCAACUCCUAUAAACACUAGAACCCCUAGAAAGUGCAUUCCACGUGAAGACUAUUCUAUGAGUUCAAAGUCCAUUUCUGAAUCACCAAAUCAAUCAGUACUGAAACAAAGUCUUCCUCUCAAAGAACAGAAUUUUACUCCAAUUAAACGAUUCUCAUCAACUUCUGAGCUUCAAAAACAACAGUGUGAUGAUACACCUAAAAAUAACAAUAGUCCAUACGUUCGAACUCUACCAAAUCGAAGUGCUUCACGUACAGGGUUAUCACGGAGAUUACGUUCUCGUUCGAAUCUUAUUGUACCAUUAAAUUCUUCUACCACAAUCGUAUCGGAUAUGAAGGUUGUUAGUGAUACAAAGCCAUAUGAAGAUAUUCAAAUUACAAAGUCGCCUCCAUCGACUAUUCCUUCAUUGCCUAUUCCUGAAGAUUUGUCCUCUACACCUGAACCAAAAGCUAAACGUCGGCGUUGUUCACAGAACAGUGAUAAAUAUACAGAUUCACCAGAAGUAUCUUCUAACAAGCAACCUUCAGAGUUGAUUCAGUCACCCAUAGAUAUUUUGAAUACAUCAAAUUCAGACGAUGAAAAUGUGAGUUACUUUAUAGCUUUUGAGAAUAAGCAUUUGUCGGUCAUCAUAUUCAUUCAAUGCGUCCUUGUAAGCAUCAUAUCCUCUAGUUAUUAAGGUUUCCGUUUUAAGUUGAGUUUUCUGGUUGGUAUUCAUCAUAAGUUGAGACCUGGGAGCACUGAACAGCUGUUUCCUUCAACAGUGCACACUCUAGGUCCCGCCAGGUGUCGAACCCAAGGCCUUCGGGUUUCUGGCCGGUCCAAUGGUCCAUAUUUCCUACUUCUGUCAGUUCACGAUAUAAUACGACCUCCAUUCCAUACCGUUGUUGAGUAACUGUCCUCACGUUCGUCUUGGUUGACCUCAUGGGUCACGACUUCUUAUUACAACUUUAGGAAUCACCGAUCACCUUUAAGAAUUAUAUUGUCUAUUUCAAGUUUCAAGUUUAUAACUUAUUCUUUU